GAAAGGGUUGAACUCAUGCAUUCCAACAGUACGAGCGUCUCAAUACCUUUUGCUUCUUUUGCGGCGUCAUGGGACAUCUUGCAAAGCACUGUAGAGGGGCAGUUCUGUCUUCUUUAGAACCAGAGGAUUACCCGUUUGAUGCGUCCCUAAGGGCUGGUGGCAGGAAAAAGGAGCCUGGUCUUGGUUUGCCAUGGCUUCGGUUUCAGGACCCUUGGGUGGGGUGUGGGAAGCAGGUUGGAACCUCUUCACUCGUGCAAAAAGUUAUACCGGAGGAGGAGGUAGAACUUGAAGUUGUGGCAAAGAGGAAGAGGGGUACGGAGGGUGGUGCUAUGUUGGGAAGAGACUUGGAUAUCUCUAUGAUGGAUGGUUCAAAAAACUUGCAAGCGGCGGCGUUACAUUUAGGUCUUGACCGUGCAGUUCGAGUGCACAGGGUUAGGAGAUUUUGGUUUGAAAAUGCUUGGAUGCCUGAUACUGGCUUUAAAGAUGUCCUGACAAAGGCUUGGCGUGAUUCCACUAGGGAGCCUUUCUCAAAUAGACUGGAUGCUUGUGGGAAGAGACUGAUGCGUUGGGGAGGGGAUAAAUUCCAACAUUUUGGUAAAAGGCGUAAAGAACUGGAAAAAUUGAUUGGUGGUAUCAGGGGGAAGCGUGAUGACCAGAGUCUUUUAGCUCUUAAUCGUGCUGAGAAGGAGCUAGCCUGUUUAAGGCACCAAGAGGAUCUGUAUUAGCGACAAAGGGCGAAGCAACACUGGCUGAAUUCUGGUGAUGCUAAUACCCGGUUAUUUCCACCAAUAUGCAUCUCACUGGGUUGCUGACUCCUCGUUUUUUGACUCCAUUGUCCCGAGGGUUUUGAGAGAACAAAAUGAAGGGUUGCUG